UGUAUGCUAUUCAUCAAACAGGUGGCGAUCUUUUUUUAUUGGAUUAAAAGAAAAAAGUACGAAAGAAAAAGGCUUAGGAACUGAAAAAGAAAGCAACAAAUUAUGGUAGAAACCGCGGGUUGUUGUGGAUUACUACAAGCAUGUUGCCAUCGCCAUGACCCUCAAACAUACAUUAUCCAAGGAGAAUUUGAGAUCGAUCGCAGUCCUUGGUUUUCCCUCUGUGCCUCUGGAUUAUCUGUUGUUGUUCGGCUUUACAUCCAAGACAACAAGGAUCCAACAACGGGACAAGGGAUUAAAAGUGAGAAUGCAUAUGUAAUGAAGGGAAAAGAGCUGGAAAGGAAAAAACAUGAAGUUUUAAGCAUGAAGGUGCCCACGAAAGUGAUCAAAUUCAAAUUGAAAUUCGAGGUGACGCGAGAUUUUGGGAUUCCAGGAGCUUUUGUUGUUGAAAACAGAGAUAAGAAGCAUGAGUUUUUCCUCAAAUCCGUCACAUUGCAUUACAUUAAGCAUCCAAGUAUUCUCGAGGAAUGAAAGUUUCAUUUUUAUUGCGGUUCUUGAGUUUACCCCAUCACC